CAUUUCUUUGAACAAGUUUUCCUUCUCGAACCAAGAUAUCUGUGGGAGUUUGCCUGUGGAUCUAGAGAGAUAAAGACUGGACCCGGUGCUGUCUUUUCUCCUUUUCUGUCCCGAUACAAAUUUAGGCUUGCUGCAAGUAUUUCCGUACCUGUGGGCUUUCUGAACUUCUGAGGGCUGUGGGCUUUUCUUGAAAACCAUACUGCAAAAUUUCCUGUGGGACUUUCACUUGUGGGUUCUAUAGACGGAGCAAGUAUUUGCCUGUCUGUCAUCUGUGGGCUUGAAACUAGUGGGUAACUGAGGGCAACCCAUUUGCGGGUAUUUUCGAGACAAAGAUCUCGAGUUCAAUAGGACAUAUAACAGCCAUCUAAUAGCUGUUUGUUGCUUACUGUUCGAGUGAGGGCUCAAAUUGUCGCAAAUACAAACCAAAUACACAGUGGGUACUGAGGGUACUUUCAGAGGUUGCUGCACAGAUUUUGUUCCAAUACCUGUUUGACUUGAAAUUACGACAAUAUGUCAAAAAUGAAAUCAUCAUCGAAGACUAGCAAAGGAGAGGACAAGGUUGUGUCCAAGGUUAAGAAUGGCUCUGUGACAAAGGGUUCUGUCGCUCCAAAAUCGAAGGUCAAAGAGAUGGCCAAGAAAAUUGUCAAGGAAGACAAGAAAUCUAAGAAGAGGGAGCCAUCACCUUCGGAAUCGGAGUCAGAGAGCGAGUCCAGCGAUAGCACCGAGGCCUCUAGCAGCGAAAGUGAGAGUGAAAGCGAGACAGAGACAAAACCUGCUCCCGCUAAAGCCGCCACCAAGACUGCCAGAGUUGAGCCCGAAUCUGAAUCCGAUUCCGAAUCCGAAUCCGAUUCUGAACCGGAGGAAUCAUCCUCGUCCGAGGAUGAGAAGCCUGCAACCAACGGCAAGAAGGUGGAGACAACUUCCGCUAUUGAAGAAACGAAACCAGCUGCCAAAGCUGCAGCAAAGGAAUCAACUAUAGAGGAGUCUGAUAACGACAGCGACGACAACGAUAGUUCCGAGGGAUCCGAGGAAGAUUCAUCCGAUGAAUCAUCCGAUGAUUCGGCUGAGGAAUCAGAAGAAGCAAAAAACACUGAGGCUGAGAAGCCAUCUUCCAAGUCUCAGAAGCGCAAGGCUGAAGACGAGGAGGAGGAGGUCACCGCACCCAAGAAAACAAAGGUGGAUUCCAAUGAGGGUGGGAACCUCUUCAUUGGUAACCUGUCAUGGAAUGUCGACGAAGAAUGGCUCCGAUCCGAGUUCGAGGAAUUCGGUGAGCUUGCUGGUGUGCGCAUUGUUACCGACCGUGACAGUGGCAGGUCGAGAGGUUUCGGAUAUGUUGAGUUCACCAACGCUGCGGAUGCGGCCAAAGCUCACGCAGCCAAAAAGGAUGCGGAGCUCGACGGCCGUAAACUGAACGUCGAUUUCGCCAACGGUCGUUCCAAUGCUGCCCCAAAAGAGCGUGCGCAGUCCCGCGCUCAAAACUUCGGUGACCAGACGAGCCCCGAGAGUGAUACCUUGUUCAUCGGUAACAUCGCAUUUAGCGCAAACGAGAACAUGAUCUCCGAGGCCUUCGCGGAACAUGGAUCGAUUCUUGGUGUGCGUCUCCCCACCGACCCAGAGUCUGGCCGUCCCAAAGGCUUUGGCUACGUACAGUUCUCGUCGGUCGAUGAGGCGCGUUCCGCUUUCCAGGCCCUCAAUGGUGCUGACCUUGGAGGGCGUUCGAUGCGCCUCGAUUUCAGCUCCCCUCGCCAGAACUCUGGAGGCGGUGGACGUGGUGGAGGUGGUCGUGGUGGCGGUCGUGGUGGCGCCCGUGGUGGACGUGGUGGUGGAGGCCGUGGUCGUGGUGCUCCCCGUGGAGGCCGUGGUGGCAGCACCAAUCGUGGUGGAUUUGGCGACUACAGCGGUACGAAGACCACAUUUGAUUAGAUCACACGAAAUGCUUUCGGUGGUGAAUUUUCCAUAUGUCAAGGAUGUUUUGAAUUGACGAUUUCAGUUGGCGCCAUGGAAUGACUCCCCGCCAAAGGUAAUGUAUGAUAUACCUGUUUUGGUUUUGUUUUGUUUAUUCUGGCUUCUGUUCAUGUUUAUUUGUCUUUAACCCUCUCCCCCCUAAAAGUUCUUAUUUUGGUUUAAUGCAGAGGCAAUUCCUUGGACCCGUUUAUAACCUCGAUAUUAUGAUUUCGAUUAUAUAGUUGUUCUAUAAGUACUCGUAACGUGCAAUUCAGAUGUAACUCUU